AUGCGCGUACCCGCGCGGAUGCGCAUGCCUGCGCUGAUGCCCGUACCUGCGCGUAUGGGCGGUCAAGCACGGGAUGGGUUCACCUGCGCAGAUGGGCGGACCUGCGCGGAUCAUCGCCUGCGCGCAUCAGUGCGAUGGGGUGCUCCCACCUGCGCUGCGCGCGGCGAGAGGGGCAUCGAGGAGGAGGAGGAGGAGGAGGAGGAGGAGGAGGAGGAGGAGGAGGAGGAGGAGGAGGAGGAGGAGGAGGAGGAGGAGGAGGAGGAGGAGGAGGAGGAGGAGGAGGAGGAGGAGGAGGAGAAAGAGGAGGAGGACCCACUGCAAAGCAGUAGGAGUCAGUACGAGCAGCAUUUUGACCGCAAGGGAGGUCUGCCAAGGAGCCACACCCACGGCCUCCAAACCUCCCUCCCUUCGAGCCGCACCCACGACCUCUCCUUCCAGCAGCUGCAGUGUGACCAGUUCGCAGCACCCCUCCACCUCCAGCUGCGUCAUCGUGCGCAUCGCUAUUGGCAGACCCGUUAA